CAAGAGAAACGGUCACUGGAAUCAGUAUCCGCGUCAGGUUUCCUUGCCCACAAAGAAAGAGCUAUGGAUGCCCAAGAAAAUUUCUGAAAGCCCAACCGCUCUUCCUCCUUUAGCUAGGUUUUUAUGUGCAUAGUUUGGAAGUAAAAUUCCAUAUUUCUGAUUAAAUCUCGCAGUUUUUCAAAGAUUUUUGUAAAUAUACAGUAGUUUUUUCAUUUGUUUUCUUUGUAUUUCCUUCUCUUCUUCAUCUUUUAGAAGGAUGGAUGAUCAAGGGUUUCUAGGUGAUGACGUCGUUGAAAAGAUCGAAUUGGACCCAUUAUUUUUCGAUUGCAGUGACUGGUUCAAUUAUGAACCCCCCGUUCUAUCUGAUUCAUCUCCGGUCGAGGCUUUUUCUAACCCUUCUCCAGAUUCGGUGCCUUCGAAAAUCUGUGAGAUUGAGAGCUUGUUGAUGAAUGAAGACUGUUCAAAUGACGAGCUUCCUCAAGAAGAGAAUCAGCAAUUUUAUUGCGAUUUUUUAGCGGAUAUAUUGGUCAAAUCCCCAGUUCAUGGCUCCGCUUGUAGUGAGGAUUUUGUGGACGCUCCUAUCGACAAGGAAACCAAUAUCUAUGAUGAGUCUGGUAACAGCGGCCUUGAGAAGGAAAAGACAGAUGGAGCUGACAUCAACGAAGACGGCUACGACCCCAAUGAUCCUAUCGCCAAGAAACGGAGAAGGCAAUUGAGGAAUAGGGAUGCUGCCUUGAGAUCAAGGGAGAGGAAGAAGAUGUAUGUGAGAGAUCUGGAGAUGAAGAGUAAGUAUUUGGAAGGAGAAUGUCGGAGACUGGGGCGGUUGCUUCAGUGCUUUGCUGCGGAGAAUCAAGCACUUCAUCUGAGUUUACACAAUGGAGGCAGUGCAUUUGGUGCUUCACGGGCCAAGCAGGAGUCUGCUGUGCUCUUGUUGGAAUCCCUGCUGUUGGGUUCCCUGCUUUGGUUCCUGGGCAUCAUGUGCCUUUUCAGUCUGCCCAACCUGCCUCAGUCAGCUCUGGAGGCCAUUCAACGAGAAAUCAUGGAAAAGAAAGAUCCAGAAAGCGAGGCUCCAAGAGGACGAGGGGGUGAAAUAUACAUAUCCUCAGUGGAAGAAUCUUUUGCAAAGAGCAGGAGAUGCAAGGCCUCUAGGACGAGGAUGAAAUUGGAUCUCCAUGUUCUUAAGAGUUUUGGCAUAAAAGCAGUUCUUCAAGUAAAAAGUUGUUAGUGGGACACCAAUAGCUAUUGCUUAUUAAUUACGAAUAUUUCUUUCCCAUGCUACUUGUUUGUUUUGAUUACAUAAUCUUUGAGUAUCUUUUUAGUGGUAUGUUUUGUUUAUUGAUCUCACUUCUCCAGCAUAAUCUAUCAUAAAUUUGUACUUGGACU